UGAUCCGACGAUAGAACAUCAGUCGAUCGAUCCGAUCCCAAGUCGAACCACAAUGAAAGGAUUUUUCAGCUUAGUGUGCGCGUUCAGCCUGUGCGCCUGCGCGUUGGCAACGGAAACCGCAAGCAAACCGACAGAAAAGUCCGUUGCCGCUACCGACGAUAAGGCCCAGAACAAACGGAGUCUGUUCGACAUCGGCUACGGCUACGGAUCCGGCUACGGAUUCGGUCACGAGUUGAGCGGCCAUGACUUCCAACACGGACACGAACAGCAAGUCCUGUCCAAAACGAUCAUCAAGGAGGUAGCCCAGCCG